AUGGACGUAGAUGAUUAUAAACUCAUAGACUUAGUAAAAAGGUAUAAUGUUAUAUAUGACAAAAAUCAUGGUCAGCAUAAAAAUAAGUUUGCAAAAUUUGAAGCUUUCAAACAAAUAGCUGCUACUCUUAAUAGUUCAGCUGAAAUUUGUGAAUCCAGAUGGUGUCUGUUAAGAAAUAGAUUUUGUCUGGAACUAAGGCAUCUAAGAAAUACAGAUCCUUCUGCUGUACCAAGACGUCCAUGGCCUCUCUUCCAACAAAUGAGAUUUUUGUCCAGAUUUAUUUAUCCAAGAAAGACAAGGACUAUGUUGCUUGGAUACAAACCCAGUAAUUUUGAAUCCCAAAUGAAGAGCGAGUCAGAUUAUAGUUUCAAUUCUCAAAUGAAAGAAGAAUCAGAAGAUUUUGAACUUAAUUUUAAAGAUCCUCCAGAAGAAAUAGAAACAACCCCAAGUUUAUCUAUUAGUGAUAGCAUGGAUUAUUUGAAGGAUACCAAUAGUGAGGAAGACAUACAUGUUCCUGUAACUACCAUGAUGGAAGAGGAUGACGAAGAUACAUUUUUUGGUAAAAUGAUUGCCAAAUAUUUAAAACGGAUUAAAGAUGUAGAUAAAAAGAUUCAAAUAAAAAUUGAAAUUAUGAAAGUACUUAAAACAAGUUUAGAGGAUGGUUAG